AUGGCUUCUUCUUCUGCUCACCUCAACCACCACCAACUUCCGACCAACCACGGUGGAGCCACGACGGCGCCUCCACCAACUCCGUCAUGCACACAUCCAAACACCACCACCACCAAAUCGGAGACAGCAGCCGACGCUCUCUCCCGACUCUUCCACCGUCUCCCUCCUAACCUCUCACUCCCCAACCGCCGCUCCUUCGCCGUAUCCUCCACCGCCGCAUCUCUUCCGACGGUAUCUCUCGCUGCCGAAAGCUAUGAAGAUCUAAUCUCCGCCGCAACUAAGUUCGGCUAUUUCCAACUCACUAACGAUGAUGACUCAAAUACCAUUAUUCCUUCUGGACUCGCUAAAGCCGCCGAGUCUGACUCGCUCUCGCUUUUAGAGCUCAAUGAAAAGAAAAAGGAAUCAUCGUUUCCCAAAAACUGGCCGCUUGGCUACGAAUCCGAUGCCGAAAUGCCGUCGUUUUGCCUUGACGCCGACUGUUCAACCGAGUCGAGCGAGUUAAAACUGAGUUCGCUGCGUGAGUUCACUCGGAGUCUCGAGAAAGUUGGAGUGAAGACGGUAGAGAUGUUGGCGAACGCACUUGGGUUCAAGAACCCAUUUGAAAAUGACUCAACCCGGUUUAAUACUCUGAUGUGGCUUAACCAAGAUACUCCCGAUGAUAAACCGGAGAUAACCAACGGGUUUGGAGAAAUGGAGAGCUCAAAAGAGUUAGAUAUCGACCCGUUGUCUGCUCGGGACAAUUUAACUGUCCAAGAAAGUGUGUAA